GCGCAGUCAGCGCCCCUCCCUCUCCACCCCCAUCCCCCGUUGGCGUCUGGGCCUCGUCCCCUUCUCUCUGUCUCUCUCUGCUCCCCCAUCACGUCCCCCGACACCGACACCCCAUUGCUCCCGCGAUCUCUGCAGUCUCAGCUUUGGUCUUCAGCCCUGUCUACCCGAGCUGACCUCUGCCUCCAGGAUUUGCCUAAAGGCCGCCCCCAGCUCUGCACCUGCCCCCCGGAGGGCCACCAAGGACCAUGACUAAGACAGAUCCGGCCCCAAUCGCCCCACCGCCCAGAGGAGAGGAGGAAGAAGAGGAGGAGGAGGAUGAGCCCGUCCCUGAGGCCCCUAGCCCCACCCAGGAGCGCCGGCAGAAGCCUGUUGUACAUCCCUCGGCACCUGCCCCUCUCCCUAAGGACUACGCUUUCACCUUCUUCGAUCCCAAUGACCCGGCCUGCCAGGAGAUUCUGUUUGACCCCCAGACCACCAUCCCAGAACUGUUUGCCAUCGUGCGCCAGUGGGUGCCCCAAGUCCAGCAUAAGAUAGACGUCAUUGGCAAUGAGAUUCUGCGUCGAGGCUGCCACGUGAACGACCGUGAUGGGCUAACCGACAUGACACUACUCCAUUAUGCGUGCAAGGCCGGGGCCCACGGAGUCGGGGACCCUGCGGCGGCCGUGCGUCUCUCUCAGCAGCUGCUGGCGCUGGGCGCCGACGUGACCUUGCGCAGCCGCUGGACCAACAUGAACGCGCUUCACUACGCCGCCUAUUUCGACGUGCCCGACCUCGUCCGCGUGCUGUUGAAGGGCGCGCGACCGCGAGUGGUGAACUCCACGUGCAGUGACUUCAACCACGGCUCAGCCCUGCACAUCGCUGCCUCCAACCUGUGUCUGGGCGCGGCCAAAUGUUUGCUGGAGCAUGGCGCCAACCCUGCUCUGAGGAAUCGAAAGGGACAGGUACCAGCUGAGGUGGUCCCAGAUCCUAUGGACAUGUCCCUGGACAAGGCAGAAGCAGCGCUGGUGGCCAAGGAGCUGCGAACGCUGCUGGAGGAGGCCGUGCCACUAUCUUGCGCCCUCCCCAAGGUCACACUACCGAACUACGACAAUGUCCCAGGCAAUCUGAUGCUCAGCGCGCUGGGCCUGCGUCUGGGAGACCGCGUGCUUCUGGAUGGUCAGAAGACGGGCACGCUGCGGUUUUGCGGGACGACAGAGUUCGCCAGUGGCCAGUGGGUGGGCGUGGAGCUGGAUGAACCUGAGGGCAAGAACGAUGGCAGUGUUGGGGGCGUUCGGUAUUUCAUCUGCCCUCCCAAGCAGGGUCUCUUUGCCUCGGUGUCCAAGAUCUCCAAGGCUGUGGAUGCUCCCCCCUCAUCUGUCACCUCCACGCCCCGGACUCCCCGGAUGGACUUCUCCCGUGUCACCGGCAAAGGCCGCAGGGAACACAAAGGAAAGAAGAAGUCCCCAUCAUCCCCAUCUCUGGGCAGCCUGCAGCAACGUGAGGGAGCUAAGGCCGAGGUUGGAGACCAGGUCCUGGUUGCAGGCCAGAAGCAGGGGAUCGUGCGCUUCUAUGGGAAGACAGACUUUGCUCCGGGUUACUGGUAUGGCAUUGAGCUCGACCAGCCCACGGGCAAGCAUGAUGGCUCUGUCUUUGGCGUCCGAUAUUUCACCUGCCCCCCAAAGCACGGGGUCUUCGCGCCAGCAUCCCGUAUUCAGAGGAUUGGCGGAUCCACCGAUCCCCCUGGAGAUAGUGUUGGAGCCAAAAAAGUGCAUCAAGUAACAAUGACGCAGCCCAAACGCACGUUCACAACAGUCCGGACCCCAAAGGACAUCGCAUCAGAGAACUCUAUCUCCAGGUUGCUCUUCUGCUGCUGGUUUCCCUGGAUGCUGAGGGCGGAGAUGCAGUCUUAGAGGCCCUGGAUAUCCGACAAAGAGACAGAGUCCCCUCUAGCAUCCUGACACAAGGAGCCCCCAAGUCACCCUGAGAUAGAUUCCCAGUAACACAUCCAGAAUAGAGAUCCCCAUUAGCCAGCCCUCGAUCACUGAGGCCCCAUUAUUAACAGAUUUCCCCCAUGAUAACCCCCAAAUAACCCCUUGUCACCCAGAGAUUCCCUGAGUAGCACCUUCAGGCUAGUCCAGCCCCUCAGAGCAGACCUCCCCCCCGAUGAACAGAUUUUUACAUCACCCCAAAUGACGGUGACCCUCUCCACAUAAUGCUCUACAACUAAACAUUUUUGAGUCCCUCAUCACUAGAUCAGAAACUCCACCAUUAACAAGGAUUCCCCCCACCCCAGUCCCCUUGAAAUUAAUAUAGGUCACACUUCCAGAGUAACAGACCUUCAUUUUGCUAUCCCCCAUUUAACAUCAAUCCUCUUGAGAUGUUGUGACCCACCACGGUUUCCCCAAAGCCCUUACAUGCCAACACCAGAGACUCCUUCCAUCCCGAGACCUUUGUUCUUACCCCUCAAGAAGAGACCCACCUUAACCAGCCCACUGUCACCUCCAAUUUACAGACACUAAAAGAGUCCUGGAAGUGCUAAUUACAGGACCUCCAAGUCUUCCUAUUCACUGCACCCUUGAGAAACCCCCAGUGCCUUGUAUGAAGCCCACCCCACAUGGCCCAUAGCCUCUGUGCUGGCCAGGCUCCCAGAAAAUUCUCUAUUUUUUAACUAAUGACUAUCCCUUUGGGGAACCCCAAAAUUUAGAGGCCCCAUUCUGAGACUCUGGGAAUCCCAAACCCCAGAGUACAUAUGUCCCUAACUUCAUGUGCCCCUAAACCCUAUAGCCACUAGAGGACUCCUAAGGUCCUAACUCCCAGGACCCCCAAAUCAUAUACUUCCUAAAAUCCCCAGGGAAUCCCAAAUUUAAAAAUCUAGUCCUAAGCCCCCAGAAAACCCCAAUCAUGAUGUUCUUGUGCCUGGGAUGGAGGAGACUAGUCAGGAUCACGUUCCAGGCUCCCAGGGUACCUCAAGCUCUAUUCACAGGCACCAAGAGACUCCAAACAACAAUCUCAUCCCUGGAAACUGGAGGACAUCAAUGCCCUGAAUCCAUGGAUCUCAAGACACCCAAAUUCCAAGAGCCCCAGCCCCAAAGGAACCCCCAAUCCUAAAGUCUCCAUCUUACUAUAUGGAGGGGCCCCCAGGCCCUGAGAGGAUCCCAAAAUCUGGAGCCCCCAUUUCAAUCUAUGUUCUGGUCACAGGUCCGAGAUACAUAUCUGAGUCACUGGCCCCAAAGGACCUUGUAGCACCUGGGCCUGAUCAACAGCCUGAGGAAGAACCUGAAGGCCCACGGGGUCCAGGGUGGACCUGGGGCCCUGACUACCAAGGACAGCUCACGACUGCCCCUUCACUGCAUGUCCCCGAACAGCAUGACCCCUGCCCUCUUCAAUAAAGACGUUUCUAUGGCC